AACUACACGCCAUAUAUGUUGGUCCAAAAAUAAUAUUAUAUACCAUAUAUUAAUUCUUUUCAUAUCUGUAUUAACUAGUUCUUUUAUAAGGUGUUGAUCAUGAGUGAUCACAAUACAGAAAGAAAGAUGAGAAGAGAGUGUCAUCCAUUGUUGAGUGGUGUGAGAGAGAAUAGCAAAUACAAACAUGGAUUUUCUGUAGCUGAGAUGGAGUCACUCACAAGCAUAUGUGAAGUUGUGUUGCCUUCAUUGCCAAUGGAUGAUGCUCUUACAAAAGAUGAUGAAUCAAGCAAGGAUGUGCAGUCUUUCUUCAACAUCUCUGCUUCUAUGUAUCCAAUCCCUGACGAGGUUGCUGAGAUGCUAGUGAAGAGCGGUGUAACAGAAGCAGUAAUAUUGAUAAGGGUGAUUCUAUGGCUUCUGGCAACGAGGUUGGGCACUUUAUUGAUUUGUGGUUUGCUCUGUCUUAGCAAGAAAUGGCCAUUUAUCAACAACUUCUCAAGCUUGUCUUUGGAUAAAAGAGAAAAGAUUGUGCAGAGGGCUCUCAAGCUUAGGUUCCUCACUCCUUUUAGACUCGCAUUCGCUUACAUCAAAGUCCUAUGUCUCUUUGUUUUCUUCUCUUGGGUUGAUGAAAAUGGUGAUAAUCCAGCAUGGAAAGCCAUUGGAUAUGAGGUAUCAACAGCUGAUGAGAAAAUGACCAAUGACACCAAAAAGAGACCCCUUGAAAAAGGAAUUAUAGAAAUCAUGCAUGAACAUGACACAACUCUUCAACAAUCUCUAUCUAACAAAGGCCUCAAUGUUACACUUGACUCCAAAAACAACAUCCUCAAAAUCAAAUGUGAUGCAGUAGUUGUUGGUUCUGGCUGUGGAGGAGGUGUAGCAGCUUCUGUCCUAUCAAAAGCUGGCUACAAAGUGGUUGUUCUCGAGAAAGGAAACUAUUUUGUUCCCAAAGAUUAUUCAUCUCUAGAAGGUCCUUCAAUGGACCAACAAUAUGAAAAAGGAGGUAUGUUAGCUUCUGUUGAUUCAAGAAUAGUUCUUUUUGCAGGUUCAACAGUAGGUGGUGGUUCAGCUGUGAAUUGGUCAGCAUGCAUAAGAACACCACAGAAUGUGUUAAAAGAAUGGUCAGAUGAACACAAACUUCCCCUCUUUGAAACCUUAGAGUAUCUAUCUGCUAUGGAAACCGUGUGUGAGAGGAUUGGUGUCAAUGAAAAUUGUACACAAGAAGGAUUCCAAAAUCAAGUAUUAAGAAAAGGGUGCCAAAAUCUUGGCUUAAAAGUUGAUUAUGUGCCAAGAAAUUCACCAGGGAAUCAUUAUUGUGGUUCAUGUGGUUAUGGUUGUCCAAAAGGUGAGAAACAAGGGACUCAAGCUACAUGGCUUGUAGAUGCUGUUGAUAAAGGUGCUGUGAUAAUAACAGGAUGCAAAGCUGAGAGAUUCUUGUUUGAUAAUAAUUAUAAGAAUGCCAAUACCAGAAAGAAGAAGAAAUGUUUGGGAGUGUUGGCCAAGACUUUAAACAGUAGAGUCACAAUGAAGCUACAGAUUGAGGCCAAAGUGACAAUUUCUGCAGGUGGGGCAAUUCUUACACCACCAUUAUUGAUCUCUAGUGGUUUAAAGAACAAAAACAUUGGUAGGAAUCUUCAUCUCCAUCCUGUACUAAUGACAUGGGGAUACUUUCCAGAAUCAAAAUCAGAUCUCAAAGGUAAAAUCUACGAGGGAGGUAUAAUCACAUCUGUCCACAAAGUAUCUUCAUCAUUAAAUGAUCAUUCAAUAUCAGAUACAAGAGCAAUAAUUGAGACACCAUUACUAGGACCAUCAUCAUUUGCAUCAAUAUAUCCAUGGGAAUCAGGACUUGACUUCAAACAAAGAAUGCUAAAAUAUCCAAGAACAGCACACUUAAUCACAAUAAUAAGAGACAAAGCAAGUGGACAAGUAAAAACAGAGGGAAGAAUCAGCUACAAAUUGAAUUCAAUUGACAGAGAGAAUAUGAGAGCUGGUUUACAACAAGGACUAAGAAUUCUAAUAGCAGCAGGAGCAGUUGAAGUAGGAACACACAGAAGUGAUGGUCAGAGAAUUAAGUGUAAUGAGAACACUGGCGAAAAGGAAAUUGAAGAGUUUAUAGAUAGUGUUUAUCCAAUGGAAGGAGCAUUGUGGCCAGGUGAGAAUUGGAAUUUGUAUACUUCUGCUCAUCAAAUGGGGAGUUGUAGAAUGGGAGUGAAUGAAAAGGAAGGUGCUGUUGAUGAAAAUGGUGAGAGUUGGGAAGCUGAAGGGUUGUUUGUUUGUGAUGCUAGUGUUCUUCCAACUGCUGUUGGUGUUAAUCCUAUGAUCACUAUUCAAUCAACUGCAUUUUGUAUUUCAAAUAGGAUUGUAGAUUUUCUUCGAAAGGGGCAAGAAUCAAAAGAUUGUUGAUUGUUUUCUACGCAUACUUGAGUUGACAAUGAGUUUGAUGAUUUCACGGUGAACCACGUUAAUUUUUGCAGUAGCUAUGCUUUAUAGAGCUUCAAUUAAAUUACAAUAUCACUUUGAUUCCCGUCAAACUCACGGUGACAAAAUAAAAGAUUGCUAAAUUAUGGUAAUGUGUACUCAUGUUUGAUUAUAUAUCAAAUAUAAGUUGUAAUCAUAUCUUCAAAAUAUUUAACUUUAUGUGAGAUGGAUGUUUCAUGUUCAAGCAUCAUUGUGUUGUUCAA